AUGGCGGACGACAGCAGGACACACCAAUACCACAGCGUCAAGGCGGAUGAGCGCGAUGAAAUUGACGAUCUCGACAUGCAUAUCGAGGAUACGAUUGACUUGGAUGAAAAGGAUUACAUGCACGCCGCGACGCCUCUGCGGACGAGGAGAGCUCGAAUCCUAGAAGUCUUGAACAGAUAUCGCUGGGUGAUUGACGGAGUCCUCGUGGCAGUCGUCGUCAUGCUGCUGGUGGACCGUUCCUGGACUGGAAAUAGCAAGACAACCAAAGUAGACGCGCAAUACGAGGGAACUGGUGAUGUGGUUGGGUUUGCGCCUCGUUUUUCGCAAAAGAUUGUAACUUUUCAGCCUGAUCCCAUGUUUGUGCCGGAGAAUGGAUCCGAAUUCUUUACAGACGAGGUACGACAAAAGUGGUUGGGUAUUGUCCCGAAGGGACUUGGAUAUUUGAACAUCAAAGAUCCCGCCAAGUAUCAAGACCUCCCACAAAAGCUGGAAGGCUAUUAUGACAAAUACGUCGUCACGACGUCCAUGACGCACCAGCUCCACUGUCUGUAUGCCAUUGCAGAAGUGUUUAGCGCAUAUACUUCCAAUAUCACUGAAAAGAUCCCACGAGAAUCGCCGUGGCAUCUUGCGCACUGCUUUGACUAUUUACGCCAAGCCAUCAUGUGCGCCGGCGAUAUUGCACUUGAAGGCAAGGAGACGACUUUCCCAGAAGGCAUUGUGGGAUCAGAUGGAUGGGAUGCCAAACACGUCUGCAAAUCAUACGACGAGGUACUUGAUUACCUGGAUGCAAACCGAGCCGAUGAUGCCGUAUGGAUCUAG